AUGGCGAGCGUUACGCCCUCUGAGCAGUCCUUCAAACAGAUGUGGGAUGACGCAGAACAAAGGUUCCUCAAGAUCACCAAGACGUCGCUGAGAUCGUCGCCGAAAAAGAGCCUGAACGAUGUGAUUCAGGAACUCGAGACUCGAUACAAUGAGUCUGGUUCCGCGGACGACGAACGCAACAAGCCGCGAGCCAAAGAACUGGUCGAGAAUGUCCUCAACUGCAUCAAACUCCUGGGUGGUAUCGCCGCACAAGGCGCCUCCAUCGUAUUCGGGCCUGCAAAUCUUUGUUAUAGCGCCGUAUCCUUUCUCAUCGACAUCCCCUCCCAAGUAAGCUCGCUGUACGAAGGGCUCGCAGACCUCUUUCAAAGAAUCUUCACCUUCCUCAAAACGUUUCGGAUCUAUCAGAGGAUAGAGGAUUUUGCCGAUGUGGACCUGGAGUUAAAGCAAACUACCCACAAGCUCAUGAUCAGCUUCGUGACAAUCUGUGCUCUUUCGAUCAAAGUGCUUGGCCCCUCGAAGUUACGCAAGGUAAAGAUAGCUGCCAAACUCAUCCUCUUCGGGGACGACUCCGGCGUCGGGGCCGAGCUCUCCAAGUUCAAGAAGCUAGUUGAAGCAAACUCGCAGAUUUCCGAUGCUGUCACUCUGGAAGUAGUGCUGAAGUCCCAUCACGACCUAGACAGUAAGUUGAAGGUUGUCCAUGACAAGUUGAUUGAAGCGUCUGAGGAGAGUGGACGAAAGCUCGUCCUUAUUGCCUCCGGGGUCGAUGCUUUAGUCAAGGCAGAGAACGAGCGGAAACUGGAGAAAGCUCAUCAAGAUCAGGUCGACACCCUGUUAAAGAAACUGUCCAUAAAGAUGGAGACGGUGCAGGCUUCUGAGCAGAUGUAUCAGAAUAUCAGGGCUGCUACUGUGAGGGGAACCGGCAUCAGUUGGCUUCAAAAGGAGCGCGAUUACGAAGCCUGGAUUGAAAUCGGCUCCAAACCGGAUUCGCUCCUUCUGCUUAUCGGCGGCGAGAAGUCUGGUAAAUCGUUCUUGGUCUCGACGAUGAUAAACCAAGCUGCGUCUCAGUGCUCAGAAUCGAUGCAAUCCUCUAUGAGGGUCUCAAUUGCUUACUACUACUUCCCAGAACCUGACGAAAAGCCGUCAAGAGAGACCUCCGUCAAAGAUACGCAACUUCCAACAACAGCACUCAAGUCCAUGGCAGUCCAGAUUGCAAAGCGCAACAGCCAGUAUGCCAAAGAAAUGGCGACGCUUGGAGACAAGCAAGCGGCCGAGACUUGGACGGACCUGUCAUGCAAGGCCCUUUGGCAGACUCUACAACUCGCCGCCCCUAAGAAGGAUGCUACAUAUUUCCUCUUCUUCGAUGGGCUUGAUCAUGUCGAAGAAAGCAAGGCACAGGAAUUGCUCCACAUUCUUCUCGAUGUCAACUCCCCGAGGUUGCGGAUCAUGGCUUCUUGCGACUCCAAGUUUGUGGACAAAUACCGAAGCAAGAUCGACAGUAUGGGACGCAGGAUUCCCCGCAUUGACAUGGAGCGGAACAACUGGCCAGAUAUCGUAGCCUAUGUUGAAUACAACAUGAAACACAACAAUCUACUUCAGGGGAAAGAAGAGGAGACCGUCGAGCUUUUGAACUACGUAAAGGACAGAGUCCCGGAGCUUUCAAAUGGGAGCUAUGAUACCCUUCGGCGCCUUCUUGAUGAAGUCAAAGGAGCGAUCUCGGCAGACAAAUCUCAUGACGAAAUCCGAGCAUACCUCGAUCAUGAUGCGAAGCAAACUGAACCGCUUGUCGCACGGAGAACCCUCGACAGUCUCAACGCUGCAUUGGAGCCGCACGAAAUCACUCAGCUGAACGAACUGCUGGCCUGGGUUAUCUACGGCGUAGCAUGGUUCAAGCCACAUCAUCUGAAGGGGGUGUUGGUACUUUUUUAUGGUCGAACACCAGCCAAAACAAUCGAAGACAAACUCGACGGUGUAUACCGGAAAGUUCUCAGAGUCGACUCGGAUGGGGACGUCGUCGUCGACUCUGAAAUUGAGAAACUCCUGACUCCGGUCCCGCGUGUCCGUUCCAGCAAGGAUGCUGUGGAUGAUGCCAAACCUUUGAUCUCGAUGACCAUCACAAUCAACCGGGUAGAUGUGGACACGGUCCGACGAUUCUUGUGGGACUUGAGCGAGAAGGCCAACUUUGGCAAGAGCUUGCCAUUUGAUGCUCUCGUCCCGGUGGCCGAGGCCCUGGUGAAACCAAGAAUAAGUGCGAACCGCGCAGACGGUCAGCUCACGAUGGUAAGGCGAUGCAUGAAAUUACUCAUGGCUGAUCCUGACUCGAGAACGGAAUGUCUCAUCUCGUACGUCCUUAAAUACCUUCCUCAGCAUCUGCAGAAAUUGCGCGGGCAUGUAGAUGAAGACGAUAUCGACAUGACAGAGAGAAAAGAGAUUGGCCAGGCUUUAGUGAGUCUCUUGUUUGAUACCGAAUUCAUUGAAAAACACUGGAUUCUUGGUGAGAACCUCGAAGUAGAAUGGCUGCGUGCAGACUUUUUAGGGACCACUUUGCCCGCGUGGCUGCGUGAUAGCGCGACAGCGGAUGGUUUGUUAUACAGGUACAGACAAUGGGUGGAGCAAGCUGUACUGAGGGCGAACCCAGGGGUUGUAGCUCUGAAGGACAUUACUCUCAUGGUUGGUAGGCGUUGGCUCUGUGACAGGAAAUGGGACAACAUUGAGGGAAUGGUACAUUGGAUGCUGUCUUACCUCGACUCGGAGAACACCCAAGUUGCGGGUGUUGCGAGAGCUUCAGCCGAAACAUACGAAGAUACCAACACUGAUAAUGGCACGCAGAAGGAAGACGGCACUUCUGUCGCUGGCUCGUCGGAUGAAGAGCAGUCAGAGGUGUCAAAACAGAUAUCUCGGGCUGCUGAUUGGGUUGAAAGGGAGCUCAAGGUUGGACACAAAAACUCACUUUGGUACGAGCGCCUCGGACAAUCGUUUCUGGCUUUUAGCAUGACAGGCGCAGCAAAAGAAUCAUAUCAGCAGGCGCAAAACAUGCCGAAUGCUCACUGGAAAUGCGGCGAAGGCCUUGCCCUCGUAUACGAAUCCGAGGGGAGCCUGCAAUCUGCUGUGAAUGAAGUGACGGCUGUGAUGACCCAGCUGGAGAGUUUGCCACUGGAGGAAAACGAAACCAAUAUCGUUACCAAUCUUCGGCGUCUGGGAGGCUGGCAAGUUCAACUUGGCCACAAUGAAGAAGCGAUUUCAGCAUACCGAGAGGUGGUGGAGCUUGAUCUUUAUGACUACGAGACGUGUUGGACGCUUUUAGGCUUACUCGUCCAGUGUCAACGAGCCCAAGAGGCUCUGGAGCUGCUGACCCGCAUGGCUGAUCAAAAUGGCAGGGAGAGUGGCGGUACUCGCUUAGGGGAACUGUUGCUGAGUUUCUCCUCCGAGGACUUGGACUCAUUCGACACAAUCUUCAGCGUGACACGACGCGAAAAGCUUUUCAAGACACUCCUGGAGACCAUGCUCCAAGCAGUUCAACUUGCUCGGAAGAAGGAGGACGAAUCUUCACUUGCGUAUCUUCUAUUCUUCUACGGAGUGGCAAUCGCCCACCCCAACUACGAAGAUAGACGUCCAGACGAGGCUCUUCGUUAUUGGGAGGAACUUUGUCGCAUGGGGUUUGGGAAGUACGGCACCUGGGUCGACACCGCUGUGAGCCUGGCCGCCCGAUUCGUCUCUGCCCACCAUUUUUCACAGGCCUUAGCGGCGCACCACGAGGGAAAGGACUCCACCUUUCAUAUCUCCAACAUCGAAGAACUCAUCCAACGGGUCCGUUCUGCCUGGUUCUACGACCACUAUGGGAUGGAGGACAAAGUGCGAACGUUCCUUGGCAGCUACUAUGCGCAGUCGGGACAGAAACAGCAAGCGAGACUGGUUCUCAAGAACGACAUGAGGGAUGCUCUGCUUCUCUUAUCUGAUGAUGACCCGGACAACGACUGGCAGGGGUAUAUCGCCAUGGCGGAGGUAUUGAUGCAUGCCGGCGACGACCUCAAUUCAUUGAGCGCUUGGUCACUGCUCACCCCCCAGAAUCUGGGUGAGGAGUCAGCUGGAGAAGAAAUCACUGGCGGAGGAGACUGUCUCUUCAGUUGCGACGGCAGUUGCGGCCGUAAGUGGUCCUACGCUGAUGACAUGUAUAUGUGCAAAAUCUGCCCGGACGUCGAAUUAGACGCUGGCUGUUUGGAGAAGCUCAAGAAGGGUACGCUGAAUCGGUAUAUUUGCGACGCCAGCCACGACUGGCUGCACGUCCCGAGCUGGUCUUACGACAAUUACAUGGAGGUAGGCAAAGGGAAGGUGGUUGUGGGGGGAGAACUGGUUGACGGGAGACGAGUCGGUGGAGAAAAGGUUCCGAUCAAUGUCUGGAUUCAGGGGAUCUAUGACGAGUGGGGGAUACCGAAACCCGAGCAGGACGAGACUGAGCCUGCGCCUGCUCCUGCGCCUGAACCUGCGCCUGAACCUGCGCCUGAACCUGCGCCUGAACCUGCGCCUGAACCUGAGGAGGCUACGGUGACGAAAGUCGAAGUGGACUAG